UUCCAGGACGACCUCGAUCUCGACCUGCCCAUCUCGUCCUUGAAGAAGUUCAGCACCCACAACCCACACAACUACAUCUCCAACGACCCCAAAACAUACGCCUACGCCACCUUCCUAUCCGGCCACAACCCCUCCCUCAAAGACCCCUUCUACCUCGCCACCCACAACGUCGUGCACAGAGUCCUCUGGGCGCAGCGCUCCAAAACAACAAAAUAUCCCUUCGUCGUCUUCGUCGCGCACUACGUAUCGCAGGAGCAGCGCGACCUGCUCUCUGGCGCGGGGGCACUGGUCCGGGAACUCGCGCCGCUGGACUGGGACCCGCACGUCGCGGGCGUGCAGAAGCGGUGGAAAGACCUCUUCGCGAAGCUCAACAUGUGGGCCGAAACAGAGUUCUCGCGCUACCUGUUCCUCGACGCGGACGCGUUUCCCGUCGCGCACAUUGACGAGAUGUUCGAUAUUGCGCCGCUGCAGGACUGCGAUGCGGCGAAGCUGACGCUCGACGACUGGGUCGACGACGCGCCGUGGUGCGAGCCGUAUAUUUUUGCUGGCACGGCGCUUACUGUUGGUGGGGAUGCGAAGCCGGAGUUCAAUUGUGGGAGUAUGGUGUUUACGCCGUCUAAGCUUAUGCAUAAGCGCUUGUUGCAGAAUUAUCUCAAGACUGAUCGGUAUAAUGUCAUGAUGUCUGAACAGGGGUUCUUGAACUGGCAGUUUAGUAUUGAUGGGGCGUUUCCGGGCGUGCAGUUGGAUAGGAAGUGGGGGUCAAUAUAUACGAAGGAGAGCGAGGAGGGCAUGAUGAAUGUUCUGCACGAGAAGAUCUGGUGGGACAACAGUGCAACGCGGGGGGAGAAUUGGCUGGACAGGGAAUGGAGGCAAGGGUGGAUCAAGAUGGUCAAGUUCUACGAGAGCGAUGACUUUGCGUUGGAGAGGGCAAAGGAUGGU